AUUCUCAAGUAACAUGGGUUGUUUUUGUUAUUGCCCUAUGCUAUUUAUUUUCUAUUGUGACAAUAGAAGCUGGUAAUAUCGAUGAAAAUGGUGUGAUUUCUGAAUUAAGACAACUGAUCACAGAUAUUCAGAAAAGACAAAGAUUUUAUGAACAUGAGCUGAUAAGUCAACAAAAAACAAUCAAGGAUCAAACCAACGAAAUGGCAAAAGUCAAAAACCUAUUUCAUGGUAGUGGUAGUGGUACAAUCAACAUAAAUCACAAUGAGUCCCAUCAUGAAUAUGAUAAAACCUUAAAAAUAACAAACAACGAUAGGACACAAAUCAAAGUUGUUAACAACCAAUCUACGAAUAUUCCCCAUGCUGUGAGGAAUAAUAUCUACAGUAGACAACUUCAAGGUGCUGGUAUAGCAUUCAGUGUUUAUCUUGACCAUGACUUGGAUCUUGGUGCGCCUGAAGUUUUGAAAUAUAAUAAGAUUAUUACCAAUGAAGGUGGUGGAUACAACUUAAACACUGGGGCUUUUAUUUGUCCGGAGAGCGGAAUGUAUUUGCUGUCGUUUUAUAUAGGAGAAAGAGGCGGCUUAUCACCUCAAGGGGCAUAUAUUUACCUGAAGGUAAACAAUGUGAACAUUAUAGAUGCAGUGGUUGAUGCGCCUCAUUACACACAGGAUCUUCAGGGUGGAAAUUCAGUUAUCAUUCGUCUGAAAGCUGGAUAUGUAGUAAUCACUCAACACGAGGACAGUGGUGGCCAUGUGGAAGGAGCGGCAGGUCUACGUCUCACCUCAUUACACACAGGAUCUUCAGGGUGGAAAUACAGUUAUCAUUCGUCUGAAAACUGGAGAUGUAGUUAUCACUCAACACGAGGACAGUGGUGGCCAUGUGGAAGGAGCGGCAGGUCUACGUCUCACCUCAUUACACACAGGAUCUUCAGGGUGGAAAUACAGUUAUCAUUCGUCUGAAAGCUGGAGAUGUUGUAAUCACUCAACACGAGGACAGUGGUGGCCAUGUGGAAGGAGCGGCAGGUCUACGCCUUACUUCAUUACACACAGGAUCUUCAGGGCGGAAAUACAGUUAUCAUUCGUCUGAAAGCUGGAGAUGUAGUAAUCACUCAACACGAGGACAGUGGUGGCCAUGUAGAAGGAGCGGCAGGUUUACGUCUCACUUCAUUACACACAGGAUCUUCAGGGUGGAAAUACAGUUAUCAUUCGUCUGAAAGCUGGAGAUGUAGUUAUCACUCAACACGAGGACAGUGGUGGCCAUGUAGAAGGA